GAUGGUUAGAGCUCCUUGCUGUGAUAAUAUGGGGGUAAGGAGAGGACCAUGGACUUGUGAAGAAGAUCGGAUUUUGAUAUCUCACAUAGAGAAAUAUGGGCAUGAAAACUGGAGAGCAAUUCCGAAGAAAGCAGGGCUCUUUAGGUGUGGAAAGAGCUGCAGGCUUCGAUGGGCUAAUUAUUUGAGGCCUGGAAUUAAAAGAGGAAACUUCAGCAAGGAGGAAGAAGACACUAUCAUCUCUCUCCAUUCUCUUCUUGGCACUAGAUGGUCUGCAAUUGCUGCAAAAUUGCCUGGAAGAACUGAUAAUGAGAUAAAGAACCUAUGGCAUGGCCACUUAAAGAAGCGCUUUGAUCCGAAAAAGAACGUGAAGCAGCUUUCAAAGCAGAAAAACAGAAGAGAUUAUAAAGCCAAUAUGGAAUUCAAAGAGGCCAAACAUGGAGAACAUGUUAACUCUCCUGCUUCUUUCACAAAUGCCGAUCAAGAUUUCACAUCAACGGUUAUUAAUACAGUGGGUGGAGGAAAUAAGAGUGAAACUAUGUAUAAGAAUUAUCAGCAUUUUCGGUUUGAUGAGAGUCUAUGGUUUGAACCACAGCAAUUUAUGAUGGACUUUUCUGUGAAUGAGAUUUCCAUAACCGAAGCUCUUAAUCCCAUGAGCUUUUAUAAUGGAGAAAGUUUGAACUUAUGGCUGAAUAUGUAAUCAAAAGCUGCAGAUUUGCAAG